UGUGUGUGUGAGGCUGUGUGUGUGUGUGUGAGGAUGUGUGUGUGAGAGGCUGUGUGUGUGAGGCUGUGUGUGUGUGUGACAGAGAGAGGUCGAGCUGCAGUUUGCAGGAGAAGCAGCUGAAGCAGCAACAGAAGAAAACGACUCCUCAGCUUCAACUUCUGCAGCUUCUGAAAUAAACAAAAUGCGAAGUUUGUUUUCUGUGACGCUGCUGCUGCUCAUCGCCGUGGUAACGCUCAGCGACGCCAGCCGGAGGAACAAGAACCAUCGAGGUAAACCGGAGAAACCCGGGCCGGCGUCGGAAUGCCCCCCCGCUGACACUCGCUACGGGAGGUGUGUCCCUGACCGUGGAGACUGUGGACAAGGAGCGAGAGACGCCUCCUGUGAGGAGCACAGCCACAAGAUCCCCUGCAAGAUCCCCUGCAACUGGAAGAAGGACAUCAGUGACUGUAAGUACAAGUUCGGAGCGUGGGGAUCCUGCGACGGCGUCACCAACACCAAGAGUCGCUCAGGAGCCCUGAAGAGGGCGCUCUACAACGCCGAGUGCCAAACCACCGUCACAGUGUCCAAGCCCUGCUCCCCCAAAACCAAGAAACCCAGAGGAGAGAAGAAGUCAAACUAAAGGAUGAAGAGACGACUGAACUUCUCCAGCUGAACGAACGUCUUCAUGGAACACCAACACUCCUCCAUGUUUCUCUUCUUUGAGUUGAUGUUGAUAAAUGUGGAAACUUUAGAUUUAGAAGAUGAAACCGUCCUCGUAGCUUUAGUCUGUUUUAACAGAUAGAAACUAAAAGCUUUGAAUGUAGCUGAUUUUAAAUUCACUUCCAGUUCAUCAUGUUAGAAAAGAUUAAAAAAUCUAUUUUUUGAA